AUGGUUUUACCAACUGUUGUACAAUCAUCAUUAAAACAACAAAUUAAUCGUAAAAAUAAACAACAACAACAACAACAACAACAACAAAUUAUUGAAGAAACUCGUCCGAAUCAAGAUGAUGAAGAAAAUAAUACAGAUCAUGAAAUAAAUUCAUCAAGAAAAAAAUAUCAAGAAAAAAUUUGUUCACCUGAAAGUGCUGAAGAUGCAUCACAAGUUGGAUCACUUCCAUCGGAAAUGGAAACUGAAAUUUAUGAUUGUAGAGAUGCUAUGGGAUCAAAGAAAAAACGUUCUCGUCCAAAUAUCGACGGUGGUGAUGAUGAUGACGAUGAAGAAGAAGAAGGUGAUUUUAAUUCAUCUGUAUCAGAUGUACUCAGUGGAACAGGUUCAGCAAAAAAUAUGACUGAUUUUGAAGAUAUGAGUGAAAGCGAACAACAACCAACAUCAGCACGUCGUAUGCGUAUAAAUCAUCAAUUAUCUGAUAUAGGAUCAUCAACACCAAUUCAUCAACAAAAUCGAAAACGACAAGAUAAUGAUACAAAUCUUAGUAAUCAUACAUCAUCAACAGCAUCAUCAACCGAAUCAACAAAUGAUUCAAGUACAACGGGUAAUAUUGAUGAUGAUGAAAUAAAUAUAUCAAAUUUAUCUUUACCUGGUCAAACACUUCUAUGGGAUUUAUUACAAGAUCAAUCAACUAAUAAUUCAUCUCAUUUACCAGAAAAUUUACUUAAUGAAAUUGAACGUUUAUUUAGUCAAGUACUUGGUUCAAUUGAAGAUAAACGUAUAUUAUUACAUUUUAUACAAGCAUGUUUAGAUAAUUUAAAAAAAUCAACAUCAAGUUUAAUAUCAUUACAACAAUUAACUAAACGUUUACAACCAAAUACAUCAUUAAUAUCUAUACAUAAUGAAAUAACUGUACGUUUUCAAUUUUUAUCAUUUAUUUUUUCAAUAACAGCAUCACCAAAAGAAUUUAAUUUAACACAAAAUCAAGCUGAUAAAUUAUGGGAUUGUUUAACAACAAUAACUGGUACAACAGGAGCAAAUCGUGAAGAACUUUAUAAUUGGUUAUUAAGUCAAUUGAAAAAUCGUGAUGGUGGACAUGCACUUUCAUUAGAAACAUUUAAAUAUUUACUUACAGAAAAGGUUUUAACACAAAAACCUGAACAUCAACAGCAACAAACAUCAUCAUCAACAACAAAUCUAACACAACAAUAUAAUGAUUUUCAAAUAUUUGAAUUAUUAAUAUUAAAUUAUGUUAGUGAUGUUGCUAUGCGUGCAUUAAAUCAAAAUGUAAGUACAUUAGCAGCACAAACAUUAAAUAGUUAUCAAAUACAAAAUGAAGAUGGUACACUUGAUCGUGAAGAACCAUUUAUAGGACGUUGUAUUAAUUGUUUAAAUGAAUGUAUAAAUACACUUGAUGAUUUAUCAUCAUUACGUACAAUUAAUCGUAUAUCAGUUUUAUUACCUACACAUCUCGAAUUAUUUAUGCAUAAUCAAACUAUAUUAAUAAAUGCAUCAACAAGAAAUCGUACUAAAGAUUUAUAUAAUAUUGAUGAACGUCUAUUAAAAAAUUAUAUACCACAUAAAAUGCCCAUGAUGUUAUUAUUAAAAUAUAUUGAACAAUUUUUUUCCAUUCUUGCACAAUUACAAAACUAUAUUGAAAUAUCAUCGGAGCAUGCUGAAGCUCGUUUAGCUGUUAGUCGACUAUGGGAAAUUCUUCUACUUAUUCCAACACAUAGUGGUAUAUUACAAAAUCUAGCACAAUUAAAUGAAUUUAAUGAAAAUGAUGAUAAUACAGAACAAUGGACUAAUUGUUUACAACGUUCCGAUCCAUUUCGUUUAACAUAUUCAUUACAAAUAAUUGAUAUGCUUAUACGACGUAUGCCAGCAUAUAAAGAUAUAUUUGUUAGUAAAGGAGGUUUAAAAUAUCUUUAUAAUUUAUUUAUUUCAAAAUCAUUUUUUACUGAACCUAUUGAUCGUUCAUGGUGUUCAGGUUUACCUGAUACACUUUUAUAUACACUUAAAAUACUUUGUUCUUGUCUAUUAAAAAUUCCUAUGCCUACGAUUCAAUCAUCUGGUCAACAACAACAACAACAACCUCCACCACCACCAUCAUCAGCACCACCACCAACAAUAAUACCAACAGCUACUUGUCGUGAAACAACAACACCAGCUAUAAUUGCUGCACUAUCAGCAACAGAUUUAACAAAUAUAGAUAAUUCAUCAUCAACACCAAUUGUUCAUCAACAAUGUCAUUUUUCUAUAUAUGAACCACAUUGGGAAAAUAUGGCAUUAACAGAUAAAGAUAUUUUAUUAGAUACACUUAUCGAUGUACAAUUAUCGAUUGUUACGAAAAGUACACGUUUAUGUUGUCCUGUUGUUUUAUUACAAUUUGCUAAUCGUACAGAUUUAUUACAUACAUCAAUGACAUUAUUUAUAACAUUAUGUCCUUCAUAUGAUGAUAUACGUACAAAAUUUAUUGAACAUCCAAAAUUAAGUUUAUGGUUAAAAACAUUAUUACUCGAUGCAUAUGAUUCUUUACUUAAACGUGAAGCUCAAUCAAAUAUUUUUCGUUUAUGUAUGGUUUCAAGUAAUAAUAAUAAUAAUUCAUCAGGAACGGCUGAUGACUUAAAUCUUCAACCGAUAACUGAUUUUCCUCCUCCACCUCCGAUGCCAACACAACGUAGUUGUCCAAUUGAUGAAGAAAAAGCAGCACAAACCUUAACAAUCUCAUCUACAAUUGAAUCAAUUAAUGAAACACCUGUUGAACGUAUUUGUCUUGUACCAAUUCUUACAAAUCUUCUUGAAUUAAUUCCAUAUGCUUUAAAAUUUACUUCAUCGUCAUCAUCAUUAUCUCAAACAAAUCUCGAAACAAAUUCAUCAUAUUCCUUACAAACAUUAAAUAUAUCAUCUGUAUUAAUACCUAAAUAUGAUAAUCAUUCAUUAUUUCUUAAUCAAUCAUCUCAUGAAUAUUUUCAUUUAUUAACAUCAAUUAUUGAUCGUAUGCAUUAUGAUGAAAUAAAACAAAUAAAAAUUCAUAAAAAUAAAUUAUGUAAUACAAAUCAAACCGAUGAUAUUAUUUUAUUUGAUCAUGAAUUAAUUGAAAUAUUAAUAAAUUUUAUUGAUGAACAUAUACUUAAUGAAACACAACGUGAUAAAUUAAUUGAAGAUGAAGUUUUAUAUGGUUUACUUUGUUUAUUAACAUCAAUUGUUAAACAAUAUAAUAAUUUAUAUAUUAAACAAAUUUAUAUUAAUAAUAAUCAAUUAUAUAAACAAUUAACAUUUAAUUUAAUUGAUCGUGUAUUUAAAUAUUUAUUUGAAUUACCUACAAGUGAAAAUCGUCUCGUACCAAAAUAUAAAUCAUUAUUAACACAUGCUAAAUCUUAUGAAUUUCUUAAUGAAUUAAUUAAAGUUAAUCGAGAAAAUUUUAUACAAUUACAAAAGAAACUUCUCGAACAACAUAAUUCAAUUGAUCGUCAACAACCAUAUAUAUGGGAUUAUUGGCCACGUGAUGAUGGACGUUCAUAUUCAGGUUAUGUUGGUUUAACAAAUUUAGGUGCAACAUGUUAUGCAUCAACAAGUUUACAACAUUUAUAUAUGAUACCUGAAUUACGUACAACUAUAUUAAAUACAACUAAAGGUGAUAAACAUGAUUUAAUUCUUUAUGAAUUAAAACGUAUGUUUGCUUAUUUACUUGAAAGUGAACGUCGUUCAUAUAAUCCAAAAAGUUUUUGUAAAGUUUAUACAAUGGAUGGUUUACAAUUGAAUACAGGUGAUCAAAAAGAUAUGACAGAAUUUUUUACUGAUUCAAUAAAAAAAUUAGAAGAAAUGUCCGAUGAUUUAAAACAACUUGUACGAGAUUUAUUUUGUGGAAUUUUAACAAAUAUUGUUAUUUCAUUUGAUUGUCCACAUAUAUCAAGAAAAUUAGAAGAAUUUUAUACAGUACGUUGUCAAGUUACUGAUAUGAAAGAUGUACAUGAAUCAUUAGCUGAAUUAACAGUUAAAGAUACAUUAGAAGGUGAUAAUAUGUAUACAUGUUCAAAAUGUUCGAAAAAAGUUUGA